AUGUCGUCUUCAGAAGAAUCGGAACCAUCUGCUUGGCAGGAUUCUGACGAUGACGAGGACGAUGGUCAAGAUUCAAACUUGGAACUUGAUGGCAUCGUGAAUAAGUUUAAUUUUCGGAAAGCGACUAGUGACGACGAAUAUGCUCUACAGAGUUCUUUAAGUGGAAGUAGUCGCCGGUUAAUUUCUAAAGGAAAUGCAGAAAAUGUCAAAAGGGCAGUGGCGGCCUUGCAGAAACAGAUCUGCUACAAAGGUUUCCCAAGAAGGCGCACGCCAGCGUGCAAUAUGGCUAACUGUGUUGUUGAUUUACUUGACAAGAUCACGGAAAAAAGGGUGCCUAAGGAAGAAACUCGAAAGAUAAUGUUUGAAUUUCUCCUUGCCUGUAUUUCCACUGGACCAUCAAGUUCCCAUGCUUCCGAGAUCAUACAGAAAGUGAUGGAUAUGAAAGGAAUGACAUCAUAUAUUAAUAAAUUAGGAGGACCGGAGCUGACUCGAUUGCUGGACACAAUUAAGGCAGUCGAAUUUACAUCAGAAAAGCCGACCAUAGAUAUUGAUGAUCAGGCCACAUAUUGGGGAGACUGCAUGCUCCACGCACUCGUGUCUAAUAUUGUAAAUCGAGAGGCUAAGAAAAGACUGAAUGACCCAGUUAUUCAUGGCGAAAUGGUGGAUUUACACACAUCCUUUCUACGGAUGAUGGGAGACUUCCCUAAGGCAUUUUCUGGAGACAUCAAAAGAGUGUUGAGAGGAAUACAGAAUGGCUAUGACGAGGACGGGAGUAACAUGCUUGAAGUGGUGAAGAAGAGCAAGGACAAAAAGAAGACAUCACUUCGAAGUAAGGAAAUCGUUGAAAGACAGUUUAAAGGGUUAAAAGAGGUAGUUUUAAGUGAGAAAUUUGGUAGAAAGGAACAACUUGAGAGAACCGUGGAAGAAAUAGAAAGAACUCUACGUGCCAUCAGAGAGACACCAGAAAUCAUGGAGUUUUGGGACAGUGUUAUUCAGUUCAUGAAAGAAUUAGCACUUUCAGAAAAAUGUGCAAAGUAUCCAGAUGUUAUUAAACCUUAUAAAUACUUUUUUGGCAACUUGGAGGAAAAAAGAUUCAAGAAAAAUCCUGAGCUGGUGACAAAAUGGAUACCUGUAUUUGGUCAAAUGCUACAAAAGUCACCAUCAUCCAAAUGUUUGGAAAGUUGGGCUUUCAGUACCGCCACAAGAAUGGCGGACUACUGGGUCCAACAGUAA